AACUUAAACUGAAAUCAGAACUAAUAUAAAAAUGUCGGCGUCACCAGCCCUAAAUUCAAUUUCCGCCGCCACGAAGAACACAGUUACACCACGAACACCGCCAGAAGCCGUUCGACCCCAUUCCGUCGGAUAAAUCGCCGCCGCGGUGCGCGUGAACCGCAUAUAUCCCCGUUCCGGCUGAUAAAUCGCUUGUUUCAGGCCGGAACUCUAUCGCGGUGGCCUCCGCUCCGGUUCCAGUAACCCCCGUUCCGGCCUCUGUAGCGGCGUUCCUUCGGUGAACCAUGGUUGUUUGAAUUGCCAAGAGAAGAGAGAGAGAGAGAGUAGAAAGGAGAGAGAAUGGUAUUAUCAAACAAGAAGCUGAAGCAAAAGCUUAGAGCUGCUAAAGCUGAAUUAAUUGUUACAUCAGAAGCUGGGAAUAAAGCUGACAAAAUUCCCGAGGGUUUGAAGACGACGGUUCCGAAUCCAAUAGCGCGAAAACCCAAAUUAUCUAAACGUGAAAUACUAAUACAGGAAGCCAAUGGAGAGAUUAUCGAAAAGGAAGAAAUGAUUGACGAUGCCAAUGAAAAGGAAGAAAAUGUGGAGGUGGAGACGAAGAUGAAGAAAAGGAAGAGAGAUGAAAGUGAGGCAUUGGUGGAGAAGAAACCAAAGCAGUUGAAGAAAAAGAAGAAGACGAAGAAAAAGAAGAAAGCAAAGAAGAAUGUGGGAGAUGGAAAAGUCAACGAGGAAGGGGUCGACCAGAAUGGGAGGAGUGGAGCUAUUACAGAGCAAAUUGUUGCAAAAAAAGUUGAGACCAUUGUGAGAAAACCCGUUGAGAUAUCUUCUUCGAGAAUAUAUGUUGGAGGCAUUCCUUACUACUCGACCGAGGAUGAUAUUAGGAGUUUCUUCGAAGGCUGUGGUACAAUUACCUCUAUUGACUGUAUGACUUUUCCGGAUACUGGAAAGUUCCGAGGAAUUGCCAUGAUCACUUUCAAGACCGAAGAAGCAUCUAAAAGAGCGUUGGCACUUGAUGGCUCCGACAUGGGUGGUUUAUUCUUGAAAGUCCAACCGUUCAAAUCGGCUAGUAGAGUAAACAAAUCAUCCAACUUCUCCCCAUCUGUAACGGCGGGCUACAACAGAAUCUACAUUGGUAAUUUAUCAUGGGAUGUAACCGAAGAUGAUUUAAAGAAACUCUUCACCGACUGCACAAUUUCCUCUAUUCGAUUCGGCCAAGACAAAGAGUCGGGCGAAUUCAAAGGAUAUGCCCACGUGGAUUUUUCCGACAGCCUUUCUCUCAACAUAGCACUGAAACUCGAUCAAACGAUACUCCAUGGUCGGCCUGUCAGGAUAAGCUGCGCUGUGCCCAAGAAAGCCAACUCCACCUCAUCAGAAAAACCCGUCUCCAAAAAUGACCAAAUCGACCCUGUUGUCGUCACUGUAGUACCAGCCGAUGAAAAUCAAGAUAAUAAUAAUAAUAAUAAUAAUAAUAAUACUAGCAGUGGGGCCCACUCAAAGAUACAGGGGCGGUCGUGUUACGAGUGUGGAGAGUAUGGCCACCUUUCAUUAUCAUGCCCAAAUAAAAAACCCGAUCUUUCAUCUUCUUGGCCGAAGAGAAAACAAACCGAUGAAGAUUUUACAAAUUUAGAAGCGAAUAAUGAAAUGAGCUCAAAAAUUCGGAGAAGGUCUUGUUAUGAAUGUGGAGAGAAAGGUCAUCUUUCUUCAGCAUGCCCUAAUAUUAAUAAUAAUAAAAAAGCCGAUCUUUCAUUAUCCGUACCGGAGAAGAAACAAGCCUAUGAUUAUACAGAACAGGCGUACUAUGAAAAUCCAGUUACUAGCACUGACGCAAGUGCUCUCAGUGCAAAGAUAAGGAGGAGAUCGUGUUACGAGUGUGGAGAGAAGGGGCAUCUUUCUUCAGCAUGCCCCAAGAUUCUUUCAGCAUCUUUGCCUGAGAAGCAAGCUGACGUGUCAUCAUCUGGUUGGCCCAAGAAACAAGCUGAUGAUUAUUCGGCUAGUGCAGGUGCAGUUGAUGAAACUGGUGGUGUCAGUUCGAAGAUACGGAGGAGAUCGUGUUACGAAUGCGGAGAGAAAGGGCAUCUUUCUUCAGCAUGCCCCAAGAUUCUUUCAGCAUCUUUACCUGAGAAACAAGCUGAUGUGGCAUCAUCUGGUUGGCCAAAGAAACAAGCUGAUGAUUAUCCGGCUAGUGCAGGUGCAGUUGAUGAUACUGGUGGUGUCAGUUCGAAGAUAAGGAGGAGAUCGUGUUACGAGUGUGGAGAGAAAGGGCAUCUUUCCUCAGCAUGCCCCAAGAUUCUUUCAGCUUCUUUACCCGAGAAGCAAGCUGACGUGGCACCAUCUUAUUGGCCGGAGAAACAAGCUGAUGUGGCACCAUCUUAUCGGCCGGAGAAACAAGCUGAUGAUUAUUCAGCUAAUUCAGGUGCAGCGAAUGGAAGUGCCGUCAGUUCGAAGAUACGGAGAAGGUCGUGUUACGAGUGUGGAGAGAAAGGCCAUCUUUCUUCAGCAUGCCCGAAGAUGCAGCAAAGCUGAUGAUUUCGACAAAAUCCAGGUGUGGUUUUUAAAUUUUGUGAUAGACGUUAAUUUAUACGUUUAAUUUUUGGCUAGUGAAAUGAUAAUUAUUUAAAAUCCUAAAUCCCAUGAAGAGGUGUCGAUUAUCAAUUCUUUCGUUUAUCGUUCUAGUUCGAUCGGGUAAGUUUUGAUUUUUGAUAGAGAAAUCGAAACUGUUGGAUGCCGUAUUUCUUAAAAGAACUCUCCUUUUUUUUCUUUGUAUUUUUUUACCAUGAAUUUUGUGUUGUCCUCAAAUAUUCAAGAUCUAGAGACUACUAAUUCCAGUGUCCUUUUAGGAUGGCUUUAGUUUGUAAGCGACCAUUGAUUCAAUUUAAUUCAUGUUAAGUUAUUG